AGAGGAGCAAAGGUUUCAAGCUCAAAUUCCCUGUUAUCUGGGGGUCUCUUGAGUCUCCAUUCUAUAUCAUUGGCUCCCCUGUGGCUCAAAUGCUCAACCCAAACGAUGCAGACGAUUCGGAUAGUUCGACUGACUCUUCACCGCCCGUUGCCGUGCCGAGACCCAAGCGUUCGGCUACCGUAUCACCCAGCACUAGAAAUUCAUUUUAUAAUUCCAGAAGACGGAGUGAUGCAAAUCUAAACUUUUUCAACGAGAGAGAACGCCAGCGUGAGAGACGCAGAAGCAUGGUUCGUGCGAGCCGCGAGAGAAGUGAAUCCAGAAGAGCUUCACAACAAAAUCUCAGGAAAACGAAUAGUGAGCCAAAUGUGGAUAUGCCAUCGAUCGAUGUGGAAGCUCUUCAAAAGCUAUUACUUUCCAUUCCGAAAUUUGUGUCGGCUUCCAGAAAUCGAAUAAACCAACGGCACGAUUCGGAUUCCGGUGGAGAAAUGACAACUGAGAUCGAAGAACUCAAAGAUGCCGCAAAAAGUAUUCAAUCCCUACAACGUGUGCUCGCCUAUCCAUCCCAAACAUCUUCGGAUCGUGGAGGUAACCGUCGUCUAGCAGAUCCCGUCGAGUCGUGCCUUGAAUCUUCAGUUUUCUCCGACGUCGACGAGUCCUCGCUGGCCACUGACACCAUCGAAGGUCGACGAUCUGGGAUCUCAACUCGACUGGGUCAUCCACGAGGUGUUAUGCAAUUUAUUCCAUCUAUAAGAAACGAUCAAUUUGUGCCUACUUCCGAGAUACGGAGGAACUCGAUUUCCAGAAAAUCUUCGGUACCCGAUGGGUUUAUGACUAGUGAAAUGGAGUCCGAGCCGGUACCAAAUGUUAGGAAUAGACGCCGUGGAAUAGUCGAUGAAAUGUUCUCCUCUUCAACAUCUCUCCUCGUGGAUAGACCGUCUGAAACCCUUGCAGGAGUGAAUCGGUUUGCAAAGCUUCUUGAUACUUUUCGCAGUCGACCCACAUCCCCGGAGCAGCACCCUUCAAUCUCGUGGAAUCCAUAUGUUUAUUCUGAUGGAGGGGAAGCUCUAGAGACCUGUGGGAUGGAAGAUUCUUUACACGAAGCUGACAUUUUGUUAUGGAAGAAGAGGAGUCGGGCAAGUCUACGAAGACAUUAUAGUGUUAGACACCUUGCUGCUCGAGAGCUGUUAGACACUGAGAAGUCAUUUGUAGAGGGCCUAGAGUUCCUGGUUACGAAGUACAUGAGACCUCUCCGUCAACCAUUAGAAUGCACACUGAUCGAAGCAUCACUGGUAGACAAGAUUUUCUACCGGAUACCAGAGAUUCUGGCUCAUCACCAAGUUUUGCUCACUACGCUGAGCCAACGGAUAGAUCAGUGGCAUAAAGAUGCAAUACUGGGAGAUGUGCUUCUAGCCCAUUUCUCCAAGCAAUCAAUGAUAGAAACCUAUAUCUCAUUUGUGGAUAAUUUCAAGUUUGCCAAGGCAUCAAUAAUCCAAGCCAGACAGAAGCACGCAUUUGAAAAAUAUUAUAAUAGAUGCUGCCGAGACCAUCCUAACAAGUUGGACCUAGAUUCUCUUCUUAUUUCACCGAUUCAACGCGUUCCUAGAUACGAAUUAAUAGUAAAACAAAUGCUGAAACACACUCCCGUUGAACACGAGGAUCGAGAGCGACUGCUCAGGGCUCAGAGGCAUAUUCAUUGUCUUGCUGUGGCAAUCAAUCAGCAUAAGGAUGGAAGUGAGCAAAUGGAACAGAGACUAAGGGAAAUUGAGGCCAUAGUUGAUGGGUUGGAUGAUCUCGUCACCAAAGAUCGGACCCUUCUACGGCAUGACAUCAUUACACUGAAGGGGACCGAUCGAGAGCGGUGUAUAUUUAUGCUAUCUGAUCUUUUACUGGUUACGAGUGUCAAGAAGAAGCCCAAGGUCUUGUAUAGUAAAAUGUCCUCCCAAUCCAUGGGCUUCUUGGAGGGAAAUCGUUUCAAGCUCCUGUUCAAAGUGGCACUGGAAGAUGUUCAAAUAUCAAAAGACACACUUUCACAACUAGAAGAAGUUGAGCGGAAACUGGAGUCCUCUCGGGAAGAUGAUCGAGUUCUUAAGAAAAUGUCGCAAUUGUGCAGUCUGUUGAAGUGCGAAAGGAAGGUUCUAAUGGAGAUGUUGGAGACCAUGGAGACCUCUAAUUCAAUGAGCAUUCGAGAGCUCAACGAGCAAAUGAGCUCCGAUCCAGAUUUGAGUGCUGUUCAUUUGGAUGUUCUCACCUCGAACGGAUUCGAGCCAUUUGUGUUGGAGUUUCCAAAUGCUGAAAAGCGAAGUGUGUUUGAAGCGAUGUUUAAGGAUGCGAAGGCAACGUUAGCAAAGAAUUUGUUGGCUGCACCGAGCUGUAGUCUAAAAACAAUUAUUGCUCAUCAGACAAGGCCCGGGUUGCAGCUCUGUACCGCCACAGUAGUCCCUGGAAAACGUGUCGACAGUACCCCAUCACUUUGGGUUUGUGCUAGCGAUAAGUUCAGUGGACAGGUAGCCGUAAUGGCAUUGGAUACCGGAGAAAUAACUAUUGAAAGCUGCUCGGCAAUCGGUAAUGCAGCGGUGACUGCGAUGUGUACUGUACCCCCGCCUAUGAAACUUCGAAAAAGAAAAAUUAAAUCUCAAAAGUCUCUGGAGCAUCUGCUAAAUGAGACAAUAAUGGAUAUAAAUAGUAGUGGCUCGGAUACAGAAUCCUCUUCCGAUGAGGGAACAUCAACUGCAGGACAGACAACAGUAUGGAUUGGAAAUGAUGAUGGAGAAGUGUUCGUGGUUAACUCCACAGAGCGAGUGAGGUCCCGGGCCCGAGAUCGACUAGCUCGACUUCGGAAUAGUAUCACAUCAAUCUGUGCGGCAAACGGGAAUGUACUAGUUGCCACGUCAUAUUCGAAUCAAGUACAGCUUCUUCUAUUUCGUCCGGCAUCGGAUGGAAGUUGGGAUUUAGAGAAUCCACAAACAGUUGGACAUGUAUGUCAGGCACCGAUCACGUCGAUGCAGUUGAUUGGUAGAAGGGUAAUUAUUGCUAGUGGCAAUUGGUUACACGCGUAUUUUGUGGAUACCGGGAAGUUUCAGCCACCGGUGGAAAUCCUCCCCUCUUCGGAUGUGAUCACCCUAAUGUAUGUUACCGGACAAAAUGUAUUCCUAUGCGGCAGAAAAUCAACCGAAGUCUUUGUAGUUGAUGUUUUCAAUUUAUCGAUUAUCAAUCAUUUCAAUGUUGUUUCAUUUGUCCGUUCACAACUUUCCGGUAGAGAGCACAUCCUCCGUGAGCACAAAAUGGGAUGCCUUCGGAUAUCGUGUUUGACAGUUGCUAGAUCUCAUCUUUGGAUUGGCACAUCUGCUGGAUGUGUGCUAUCAACUUCUGUACAAUCUGCGAGAUCUCAACCGACACCCGAUCUUCGUGUCUGCGAAAUCGGCCACAGUGGACCUUGUCGAAUCCUUCUGCCAGUUCAUACACCGUCUCACUCAAACCAUCCUUCAAGAAAACAGAAGCGAAGUUCUUUAAAUGUUCCAGCACAACAAUCAUCACAGCUAAUGUUGGUCAGUUGCGGCGAGGGUCUCGACGACGGAACGGCCACUCAAGACCCAUCAACGGAUGCCAUAAAUCAUUUGAUCUUUUGGAAAUGCUCAUAAUUAUUAUUGAUUCUCUCGAUUUCGUGUGACUUUUCUUGCUUUAUGCUUUGAAAACUGAUCUAAUAAAUAUUUAAUUUAAA